GGUGGCGCUGGGGAGUUACCACGGCGAGCGGCUGGCUGGCUGCAGUGUUUUGGUCAGCACUGGUCAAUCUUGCCCUACACGCUCUAUUAACCAGUAUUUCCGUCUUCCCGACACCUUCUUCCUGCACCAAGCACCGUCAAGCAUCACCAGAGAGGCACGAGUACGUAAGGUGUGUGGGUGGGUGAUGGAGCAGUGACAGGUGGCGCUGGGGAGUUACCACGGCGAGCGGCUGGCUGGCUGCAGUGUUUUGGUCAGCACUGGUCAAUCUUGCCCUACACGCUCUAUUAACCAGUGUUUCCGUCUUCCCGACACCUUCUUCCUGCACCAAGCACCGUCAAGCAUCACCAGAGAGGCACGAGUACGUAAGCUAUCCAACAUCAGAACAGUAUAUGAAUAUGGCAAAUGCUGUUUUGACAUCAUUUCCUGCCAUCCUGAGAAACAGUGAUCUCGAGGAGCAUGAAUUGCAGCUGCAGUGGAAACUGCGCAUCCAGCGCAAGUUUCAGAAUUCAAGAAAGAGGCAGGAUUCCUCAGUGACUGAGGUGACGUCAAGGAAAAAGAAGAUCCCUUGCAUAGUGCCAAAAGAGACUACAUUUCCACUGAUGUAUGGAGUAAAGGCUUACCUCCCACCAAGGCCCCAUUCAGAAGAUGAUGAGUCAUUAGAGAGACAUAGACAGUGGCUUGCUCUACAUUGGAUGAAGAAAGAUCCCGAGUUAGAUAAGGCUGAACGCCUCAUGCAGUUGACACUCUCUGAGAGACGCAAAAAAAUAAUCUAUGGGAACAUUCUUGUAGCAGAAAUCCUGAACUUGUACUUGUGGAUUCAGACUUUUGAGGGCAUAAUCAAGGAGUUCCUGAGAUUAGAACCACAAGCGGAUGAACCAGACCCAAGAGUAGCAGUUUUGAAAGGGCUGGAGAAAUAUAGGCUCCCAAUAAUUGCCAUUCUCAAAAAAAGAAAAGCAGUUCCUCUGUAUAUGGAAACCUUACUUGAACUCUAUGACCACGAUGAAAGUCAAUAUGCUUGCUUAGUUAUAUUGGGGUUACUUCACCUGCUUGGAGAAAGGAAAGACUCCAUUUUUACUAAGGUACCAGAAGAAGAACUAAGAACAGGGCAGUCUAGUGUGUAUUUGAUGGUGCACCUGUAGCUGAACCAACAUGUAUUUCUAUGGCUGUAGUCUCAUUGGUAGCAGGGCUUUAUGUGUUUAAUAUUGAACACCCAAAAAAUUGUGAACAUUUCCUCCGUUUCACAACAUCCCAUCUCUUAGGUAUCAAGUAUGACAAAGGUAACACUUCAAAAACAAGAUCUCUACUUGUAAAACUCAAUGAAGUAAAGACAGAAUUGAGCUACAAAAAUGCAUAAAUCUGCUUCCAAAUAUAUUCAACUCCACACAUAAUGCCUCUCUCUCUCUCUCUCUCUCUCUCUCUCUCUCUCUCUCUCUCUCUCUCUCUCUCUCUCUCUCUCUCUCUCUCUCUCUCUCUCUCUCUCUCUCUCUCUCUCUCUCUCUCUCUCUCUCUCUCUCUCUCUCUCUCUCUCUCUCUCUCUCUCUCUCUCUCUCUCUCUCUCCAAAUUGGGAAGUAUUCUUCAUGUACCAUAUGAUGCAUAUAUUUUUAUUUAUUUUUUUUUAUGCAUUUUUUACCUUUUUUUUUUAUUUCUCUAUGUUAUUGCAAGUGAUACGUGAAGCUUCUUUAUUACUGUUCUGAGCAUUUCUGUAGAUUUGUUUAGUUAGUACAUCCCAUAGAAAUACUCAUUUUCUUUUUUUGUGUGGCUUUAUAGGAUUAAUGGUGACAUAUGGAUAUGAUCUGGGUUAAAAGCUUGUACAAAUAAGGUUAAAUGUCUAUUUUUGCACUGGUUGUUUCCCUAAGUUUCAUAAAAGUACUGUGAUAUAAUUAUUAGCAGUGGACUAAUUAAUUAUUCUUUACAGGGUCUGUAACUCUUACAUCUAAUUUAUGUUAACUUUACUUACAUAUUUUUUCCUUUAGUUUAUGAAUGGGAGGAAGGUUUAAUAUUCAUAUCUUAAGAGAUGCUUACUUUCUUUUCCACAUUGCAAGUUUUAGUGAUUAAUACUCACAAAUGUGUAUUAUUUACUUAAUGGCUUGUCAAAACAGGUUGUUUUUGUGUUGCUUUUUUUUUUUUCUCAUGCUAGGAUGAAGUGUUACUAAUGGAGUUUAUUUUUUACAUCUGUUUUAUAUAUCAUUACAGUUUUGAGGGGAGCUUUCUGUUAAAUGUUCAAGUGAAAAGCAUAUUAUACUAUAUAUAUGAUAAAAAUUAUAGUGUUUAUUUUUUUUAUUUUAUUUUUUUAAUGCAAUGAA